AUGACUCAAACUCCUGUCCACCGCCGUUCUCCUUCUUCUCCUCAUGCCUCAAAGCCCAGAUCUCGUCCAGUCUUGCAUCGACGGGGAACAUCUGGUGCCAACGUCUCCAUUACCAAACUAGGCUCCGGAAGGGGAACGAGCAAGCCCACCGACGACGAAGACAUGGCCAGCUUCUUGAACUUCUGCGCCAUGUGCGAAAGACAAAUUACCGUACCAAACAACACCCUAUUAUACUGCAGCGAAAGCUGCCGCCGCAAAGACUCCUGCAAACCACUCUCAGCAUCCCUCCCCUCAAUGUCAAUGUCGACCUCCUCAAAAAUGACCACAACACCACCAACCUCACCACCUCUCUCUCCACGCACAAUCGUGCCCCAAAUGACUCCUACCCGCAUCCCCUCAAUCAGGAUACCAACCACAUCCCACACCGCCAAAUCAGAUCUCGACCCAACAGAAUGGAAGCCAGUAUUACUCCGCUCAAGCUCAUCCCUCGCCUCCUCCGAGGCCUGGUCGUAUCUCUCCCAAUUCCACGGCGAGUCUGCGUCUGCGUCCGCAACCGGCACUGGCAUUGCCAACCGCCCUGCCAACAACCGCAGCGCUGCAAGCCUCCCCGCCCUGGUCGGCGGUGCUCCCAUUGUCGAUGGCCACAGCCACGUCCCAUCUUUGACAGACACCCCCUCAACCGUCUCCUCCUCCUACAGCAGCACGGCCUCAGAUUCCCUCGGCAGUAUGUACAUGUACGAGUCGCAGCGUCCCCUUCCACCCAGACAUAACCCCUAUUUCGCGGGUACGAGCGUGUCCAAGGGCGUCGAGCUUGUCGUGCCGCGCAUCGCGUCUGCGGAUUUCGAUGCUGAUGCCGGUGAUGUUGAUGCCGAUGCUGGUUCUAUUUUCCCUGCUAGCAGUGCUGUGUGGGGAGAGGGUCAGGUACAGGGUGCUUUUGAGAAGCUGUCUGCUCCUAUUUCUAUGAAGAGGGGUGUUGUUUAA